AUGAGGAUUGUUGAUGAAGGAAGUGCAAAUGUUGAUGGUCCUAAAGUUGAUUUUGAUAUAGCAAAAGAACAAAAAGAGAUGGAGAAAAAAAGAAAAAUUGCGUUUGGUGAAGGAAAUAGUCAAUCAAUGUCAAACAUGAGAGAUAUCUCUCUAAUUGAAACAAUACAAGAGAAUAUCAAUGAAACAACUCCUGCCAGCAUUAUAAAUAAGCGUGGAAGAUUGCUACCUCUUUUUGACGAAGUUGUUAAUCAAGAAUCGAUGGCGCUUGGGGAAGAAAGUGGUCAAUCUAUGACACACAUAACAAAUAUCGCCCUAAUGGAGACAACGCAAGCGAAUAUCAAUGAAACAACUCCUGUCAGUGCGUUAACUUUUGCUCAAAGGAGAAAAAUUAUUAAUCGAAACUAUUAUCAACGAAAAAAGGAAAAUGUUGUUAAUAGUGAAGGAACAAGGCAAGCAUGUUCAGUGUUGAGACAUGAAAAUGUCAACGGCGUUCAAAAUGACCACGGAAUACUGCUACCUCUUUUUGAUGAAGCCGUGAAUCAAGAAUCGACAAUGCCUGGUGAAACAACUCCUGUCAAUGCACUAACAUCUGCUCAAAGGAGAAGAAUUACUAACCGAAACUAUUAUCAACGAAACAAGGAAAAUAAUAGAAAUGUUGAGAUCCAACAGGAGGAUCCAUACCAUUUUGUUUAUGAUGGUGUCCCUAAACAACAUCGUGUGUUGAAAGAACAAAAUGCAUGUGAACAUUGUGGAGCAAAGCAGUUCGAAUUUGAAUUCCCUUCCUUUUGUUGCAUGAGUGGGAAGACAAAGUUGGCAUACUCACCCAUUCCAGAAGAACUAUACAAUUUAUUUACAACGCAAUCAGAGUUAGGCGAAAUGUUUAGGCACAAUAUUCGUGCAUACAACACAAACUUUUCCUUCACGUCAAUGGGGGUAACUUUGGAUAGUACAGUGAGCAAUAUGACAUCUAGAGUAUAUACAUUUCGUGCUCAAGGGGGAAUAUAUCAUAGAAUCGAUCAUUUAGUUCCUAGGGAUGGACAACCUCGGUACUUACAACUUUAUUUUUAUGAUGCCGAAUCUGAGCUGCAGCAUAGACUACAAUGGCCAAAUCUUAAUAGAAACGUCAUUGAAAUGUUGACUCGUGUUCUUUCUAUAAACCCAUACGUGAGAACAUUUCGAAGCCUUGCCGAGCUAGGACCACUUGACAAUUAUAGAGUCACUUUGAAUGCUUCUGUGGAACUUGACCAGAGGGUGUACAACCGACCGACCACAUCUGAGGUUGAAAUACAAGUUGCUGGUAUUUGGGUGGAAGGCAAUGACGACAUCACUGCAUACAAGAGAAGUAUUGUUGUGUAUGGGAGGUCUGACUACAGUAGAAAAAUUGAACAUCACUAUGGUUGCUAUGAUCCUUUCUUUUAUCCUUUGUUUUUUCCCAACGGUGAGUCUGGAUGGCAUGGUAGAAUACCUAGACAUGGAGUGUGCAUCGAUGAACUUGUUAAUGACAACGAAAUCUUCGACGAAGAUCAUGAAGGAGGGGGUAGGAAAACUGUAACAAUGCGAGAUUAUUAUUGUUACAAGUUCCAGAUUCGGUCGAGUAAUAACGUCAUUCUAUUAGGCAGAAGAUUAUUUCAACAGUUUGUGGUAGAUAUGUACAUCAAGACAGAGACUACACGUUUGUCUUUUAUUGAAAGGAAUCAAACAAAGAUAAGAUCAGACUUAUACCAAGGUGUUGUGGAUUACGUCAAUGCCGGUGAGGUUCAACCAAGUAGAAUUGGACAACGGGUUGUGCUUCUUGCAAGUUUUAUCGGAGGCCCACGUGAUAUGCGAAGAAGAUUUAUGGAUGCUAUGACUUUAGUUCAAGAUGACGGGAAGCCCGAUAUAUUCCUUACCAUGACGUGUAAUCCGAAGUGGCCUGAAAUCCUUAAAGAGUUAUUGCCUGGUCAAACCGUGCAAGAUAGGCCGGACCUUGUUGCAAGGGUUUUUCGUGACAAAUUAGAGGAUCUUAAAAAUCAACUCUUCAAGAAGCACAUUCUCGGCGAGGUUGGGGCAUAUGUUUAUGUCAUCGAGUUUCAAAAACGUGGUUUGCCACAUGCACAUAUCCUCGUGAUAAUGAAACCGAAACACAAGAUUACAAACCCAGACCAUUAG